AUGAGCUUUGAGGGCGGCCUCAGCGGCAGUCUGCGCCGCGGGGCGGAGAGCGGGGACACCGAGCCGCCCCCCUCGCCUCCCCCAUCGCCUCCCCCGCCGCCGCCGCCGCCGCCGCCGGGAGAGCCGGCCUCGGUCCCCGCGCUCCCACGCUACCUGCCACCGCUGCCCGCGCCGCCCGCGUCCCCCGAGCGCGCCGCGGGACCAGACGAGCCGCCGACGGAGCUGGUCCCGCGGCGCCGGGGCGCGGACGAGCUGCCGCCGCCGCCCCUGACGCCCGCCGGCCAGGAGGUGUCCGCGGCUGGCGACUCGGGGGAAGGUCUGAGGCGCCUUCCAGAGGCGGCGAUCCCUGAGGUGGCGGCGGCGGUGAAGGGCGUCCCCGGGGAGCCUGAGGCCGGCGCUGGCGGGGAGGGCGAGCGGCGGGGCGCCGGCGACCAGCCCGAGACGCGCUCGGUGUGUAGCAGCCGCAGCAGCAGCAGCGGCGGUGGCGACCAGCGCGCCGGGCACCAGCACCAGCACCACCAGCCCAUCUGCAAGAUCUGCUUCCAGGGCGCGGAGCAGGGGGAGUUGUUAAACCCCUGCCGCUGUGAUGGGUCAGUUCGAUAUACACAUCAGCUGUGCCUGCUAAAGUGGAUCAGUGAGAGGGGUUCCUGGACCUGUGAGCUCUGCUGUUACAGAUACCAUGUCAUAGCCAUUAAAAUGAAACAGCCUUGCCAGUGGCAAAGCAUUUCUAUAACACUGGUUGAGAAAGUUCAGAUGAUUGCUGUAAUCCUAGGAUCCCUGUUCUUAAUAGCAAGUGUGACCUGGCUCCUCUGGUCAGCCUUCAGCCCCUAUGCAGUGUGGCAGAGGAAGGACAUCCUUUUUCAAAUCUGCUAUGGAAUGUAUGGUUUUAUGGAUCUAGUGUGCAUAGGUCUCAUUGUCCAUGAAGGAGCUGCAGUUUACAGAGUAUUUAAGCGCUGGCGAGCUGUUAACUUACACUGGGAUGUAUUAAAUUACGAUAAAGCCACAGACAUCGAAGAAAGUAGCCGGGGAGAGUCUUCCACCAGCAGGACUUUAUGGCUGCCGUUGACGGCUCUGCGGAACAGGAACUUGGUCCACCCAACGCAGUUAACCUCCCCGAGGUUCCAGUGUGGCUACGUGUUGCUGCAUCUGUUCAAUCGGAUGAGGCCCCAUGAAGAUUUGUCAGAGGAUAAUAGCUCAGGGGAGGUUGUGAUGAGAGUGACUUCCGUGUGACACAGUGUACGUCGUCGUGGCGCAGACCGCCCUGCACAUUUUGGAAUGUAAUUGCAAUGAAUGGCAAAACCAUAGCACUUCUAAAAACACACAUCUAUGAACUU